AUGGAUAAUUCAACUGUUAAUCGAAAUGUAUUAAAUAUUGUGACAAAUCAACCGAUUCGAAACAUAUCAAAUCAAAAUGGUAUUCAAUUUUCUUCUUAUGAGAUAAUUAUUUUCUUAUUUAUCUUAAAUCUACUAGUUAAAAUUCGUUCAGUAAAAUCAAAUAAACCGAAUCUAGUACAACAUCUUACUCGUUCGAAUCCAAUUCAAGUUUCAUCUGGAUUAAAUAUUCUUCAAACACGAAUUCAAUCAAAUGAUGAUCCAUCUUAUCAACCAUUGGUAACAAUCAGUGAUAAUGAUAAUUCUGAUGAAGAUGAUUUUAUUUCACCUAUACAUAAAUUAACAAAAAACGAAUUACGUGAAGAAUUAAAAUUAUUUCGCCAAGAUAAUGAUUCGCUUGGAAAUAAUAUUGGUCAUACUUUACUUACUAAUAAUAAUGUCAAUGAAGAUGAUGAUGAUGAUGAUGCAGGUGAUAUCGAGUUUCGUACUUAUCAAUCGACAAAACGUUCUAUUUGCUGUUAUCAAUAUCCAUUUUCAUUAAAAGAAAGUUUUUGUACGAUAUCAUGA